GUCCGGUGCUUUACGCGAUGAGACAACUUCACAUGACCAGCAUCACCUGACGAUGACAUGUUUAUUUUCCACGGCAGUUUGUCCCUUAUGGUUGAUUUUCUCCGGUGUGUACGGUCGGGACGGUGCGGCUCGCAGCUGAGUGACUGACGGUGUGUCACCACAUCACACCCGAUGACAACAGCGGUUUAUUUAACACGGGGCUGUCGGCUUCAAUUACCCACAAUGCCCCGCUUGUUGCCGUCUGGCGAAGGAGUGACUGUGUAGAAUCAGACAGCCAGCUACAUUUGACAUUCAUGAACUUGUCGUUACUAUGCGUGUUUAUUGUAUGAAAUAAGACAACGAGGGAAAGAACAUAACAGGGGAAGGCGAUAUCUGUUGUUGUCAACGCACCAGCAAUGCCUCUCUUCACGACCAACCCCUUCGACCAAGAUGUUGAGAAAGCAACCAGUGAGAUGAACACAGCUGAGGACUGGGGCCUCAUUCUGGACAUAUGUGAUAAGAUAGGGCAGUCACGCACUGGGCCGAAAGAAUGUCUCCGCUCUAUAAUGAGAAGAGUGAACCACAAGGAUCCCCAUGUGGCCAUGCAGGCACUGACUCUCCUUGGUGCUUGUGUCUCAAACUGUGGGAAGAUAUUUCACUUGGAGGUGUGCUCCAGAGAGUUUGCCAGUGAAGUCAGUAAUGUCUUAAACAAGGGCCACCCUAAAGUGUGUGAGAAGCUGAAAGCCUUGAUGGUGGAGUGGGCAGAAGACUUUCGCAAUGAUCCCCAACUCAGUUUGAUCUCGGCUAUGAUCAAGAAUCUACGUGAGCAGGGUGUUACUUUUCCAGCUGUUGGAUCGCAGGCUGCAGAGCAAGCAAAAGCAAGCCCUGCUUUAGUGGCGAAGGAUCCGUCCACCUCAACAAACAAAAAAGAAGAAGAAGACUUGGCCAAAGCUAUCGAGCUGUCGCUGAAGGAGCAGCGCCAGCAGCCACAGACCUCCCUGUCGAGCCUUUACCCCAACACCUCCAGCCUGCUCUCCUCGCACAAGUCCGACGGCAGGAAGGUUCGCGCCAUCUACGACUUCGAGGCCGCCGAGGACAAUGAGCUCACCUUCAAGUCGGGAGAAAUCAUCACUAUCCUGGAUGAUAGUGACCCCAACUGGUGGAAAGGGGAAACAUACCAGGGAAUCGGGUUGUUCCCCUCCAACUUUGUCACUGCUGACCUCACUGCAGAGCCUGAGAUGAUGAAGACAGAGAAGAAGACAGUACAGUUCAGUGAGGACAUCCAGGUGGAGACUAUAGAGCCCGAACAAGAACCUGUAUAUAUAGACGAGGACAAAAUGGACCAGCUACUGCAGAUGAUCCAGAGCGCGGAUCCCACAGACAACCAGUCGGACAGCGUUGAGUUACUACAGUUGGAAGGUGCCUGCAAUCAAAUGGGACCCCUCAUUGACCAGAAGUUGGAGGAUAUAGACAGGAAGCAUUCGGAGCUGUCGGAGCUCAACGUGAAGGUGAUGGAGGCUCUGUCACUGUAUGCCAAGCUUAUGAAUGAAGAUCCAGUUUACGCCAUGUAUGCCAAGCUGCAGAGCCAACAGUACUACAUGCAGCAACCUGCCAGCGCAGCACAACAGGUCUACCCUGGUCAGCCUGCAUCAGGUUCGUAUGCCAUGAGCAGUACCGGGGGUUACAAUGUUCCCAUGGAGCAGCUUCCAGCUGGAACCCCCAUACCUGGUCAGCCAGCUCCCAGUGACGUUCAUAUGUACAUGGGCCAGCCGCCAGUCUACUCUGCAGCUCCGGGCAGCAUGGGCCCAGCAGACGUUCAGUCCUACCAGAACACAGCGACCGUUCCCGGCCCAGCCCCAGGCAUGACGCAGACACCGAACUACAGCACCGCCUCCGGCCCGAGCAUAGCACCUUCCUCAGACGUCUCACAGGCCCCCUACUCAGAGAAAGCCUUGCUAUAGGGCUGCUUGGGCUCACUAUAAUCGUCUCUCAUACACAUAGACAGACAAACACACACACACACACACACACACACACACACACCAGACCUGAUCAAAUAGUGGUCAUAGAUGAUUUCCUGUAUUAUGUUUUAUAAUUAGUUUUGUCACCAGAUGGACGGAAAGAUUCACAUAGAAUAGACUAACCUCAACAUUUGACACUCUUAAAUACAAAUACAGUUACACUUCUCACUCCAGGUUUAGAAGUGAUCACGAGGGUUUGAUUUGAAGAGCUCACACCAACUGUGUUCUUUUAGGAUUGUAUUUAAUUAUUGUUUUGCAUUUACACUCUUCUUCUUCCUCCUGUCCUCGCAUGACUCAGGUGUGAGGACAGGGAAGAGCUUUCAGUGGCACUUUGAGCUUCAGUUGCACUUUGGUCAUCAUUCAAGCCUGAUCACUUCAAAAUCUAGAUCUGAUAGCAAUAUAUGCAUUGUCCUUUUUUGAUAUACGAGACCUGACAUUUAUUGCUUCCUUUUUAUGAUAGGAUUAUUGAUAAAUUGUGGUAACACUUUAUAUUAUGGGUCUGUAAUCUUUAAAUAGAUUCCUGGAAAGAGACUUAAUUUGGUACAAAUUACAGGAGAAAUGUGAAGGGAAGUUCUUUUAGUUACCUCUUAGAUAUACAUCAGUCGUGUCAAUGGAAACUUUAUUUUGCACACUAUAUAUAUUUUUAGAUGUUCAGCUAACCCACUGUGAACAGACUUAAAGGGACAGUUCACACAAAAGUAAAACAAAUGUUAUUUACCCAUGUAGAUUGUUUUGGUGUGAGCUGCUUGGACUCAUGCUUAGGAAAGAGCUCCUCGUCCAUGAGCAGAUGCUCACCGUACUUGCCAACCCUCCCGAUUUUCCUGGGAGACUCCUGUUAACUUGUACUUUUCGCAUUUUCCUCCAGGGAUCACAAUUCUCCUGUAUUUGUCCAAAUUGAUGACAAUUUUUCAAAGAUUUUUUCCCCCUUUGCUAAUCGUAACUUGACAAUGUACAGUGUGGAGUCGCUGAGUGUGAGACAAAGACGAGAGGAGAAAGAAUAUUUAAGCAAAUUUCAGAUGAGAAGAGAAGAAUUACCAUUUAUCAAGUGUCAUAGGGAAGGGGAUGUGAAAUCUGCCACAUUGAUUUUUCAGACACGCAGUGGUGCACUGAUGUCAAUCAACAUCAAGAGGCUUUCUGAGAAUUCAAAGUAAGAUCAAAAUUAAUUGACAUAAAAACAUUUCACUUACAUUUGAGUCCUUGAAUCCCAAAUUUUUAGGUCUCAAGGUUGGCAAGUUUGAUUCUCACGUCCUUCUGCACAGUGAUACAGAGUAGUUCACUAGAAAAAAGAAAAUAGUUCCUACAUGAAACCGCUCACAACCAGUUAAAGAUAAGGCAGAUAUCUCUAAAACUCAUGCUAUAACAAUGUAGAUGGAUAUAUAGUUCUACUGUUAAGACGAAAAUACACAUUUUUAAUUUUAGAGUAAACUGUCCCUGCUAGAUUUCUCAAGGUACAUUAAUAAAGUGAAUUUAGAUGUUUAUUUGUGUGUUUAAACUUUUAUAAUUGGUAUAAAAUUCCACAAUAUUUCCCUGAAUAUUAUUCAGAAAUUACAGACCUGUUAAAUACGGCGUUACUAAAAGAAAACAACAGCAGCCACUUCAGCCACAAAAUAUAUAUGCAAUUACUAUUUGAUCAAGUGUGAAUUACACACAGGCAGUCCUUCACACCACCCCUUAACAUGCACACUGGAGCUACACGCAAACACACACACACGCACACAAUACUCCAACACACUACAGCCAGAUGUACAGCAGUGGACACACGCACUUAAACAUAGUUGCACCCGUUGGUUCACACAUCCUCAGCAGUACGUGUUAAUUUACCUUCACUCACACACUAACAUGCCACAGCCUUCUCACCCAUUUUAAGCAACUGCUAACCGUGUCACAAAAAGGGUGCGUAGACUUCCAUUUCUUUUUUUUUUUUUUCCAGAAAAAGUUUUAGCGAUGCAGAAAUCGUUAGGCUACUACAUCCUGUAUAUGUUGUUGAAUUUUAGAAGUAUCAAACUGAAGCCACUUUGUUUUCGGAGGGAAAAGAAACCAGGGGGGAUUUAAGCAUGCACAUGACUCUUGUAUAUACUGUACUGAACUAGUAGUGAAGCCACAUGGUGACCUCAUGGUGGGCUGUAUGUUAGCACAGCUCCGGGUGUUUCUCUCAGCCUUUUUAAAGGUGAACUCUGCAGCCGUGAUGUCCCCGCUGAAUCAAAGGUGUAAAAGCCAAAGAGAACAAAGUGAAGACAAACAAACAAAAAAAAAACCUCACAUGCCAGAUAACAAGAUAUUUUUUUCUUUUUCUUAACUCGAUUGACUCCUUACUUCAUACUGCAGAGUUUUCCUUUUCAAAUUGAGAAGCUCUACAUCCCUGUCGGUGGAUGUAGGGUUCGCUCCGUCUCCAUUCAGGGGCUGUAUUAACAGACUGGUACCACGGACUUGGCUACUAUGGGGCGAACUCUCCGAAUGGGCCCCCAGUGUCUUCAAAGCAUCUCCUUAUUCAGUGUUAAACAAUGAAUACUAUGAUGGGUUUUUUUUUGUAGUGCAUUUUAAUUUAUGUUUUUGAUUAUUGUUAUGCUAUUUUUAAAUGGAGAAGCAGUGCAGGAUGUAUGUAUUCACAGAAAAGCGGAAUUUUGUGAUAUUCUGCCGAACUUAGUUGUAUAUUUAAAAUCGCUCACAUGAGAACAUGGACAUUUCUCUCUGUUUGAUACAUGCUUACUGUACUGUAGGGUCAAAUGGUAAUGUGAAAAAAAAAACAAAAAAAAAAAACUGAUCGAAACCUCCCCAUGCAUUUCAAACCUGUCCUUUUCUCAGAGCUGUCUAACACUAAAAAACAAAUUCUACCUGAAGCAGGACUGAAAUAAAGCUCCUACAAUUCUGGAGGAUAACGUCAGGAUUUAUAAACACCGCUUUCCCAGUGUCCCACUAAACUGUCUUUACUGUAGUUAGAGUGACGCCGUGAUAAAGAUCAAAUAUUUUACUGCUUCUGCUUCUCAUAACAUACUAUUACAUGUUAGAAGUCAGUUGGAAAGAGUUUUUUGCGAUACUGAUUUGUCAGCAAAAAGCUAAUGAAGCAGGAAGAUUAUUUAUCUUUGGUUGUUUUAUGUUGAAUGAAGCUACGUGAAGGAAUUUCCAAGCAGUUUGUGUUGAACUGGAUUUUUUUCCAAUUGCAGGGCAAAUUUGUGUGUUGAUUAGAACUGCAACGAUUAAUCAAUUAGUUGAUCGAAGGAACUAAUUACCAACUAUUUUGAUAAUCGAUUAAUCUUUUCAGUCAUUUUGCAUGCGAAUUUGCUAAGAAUUUUGAGCUUUUUUUUCAUUAUUUAUAGUGGUAAAUGAAGAGUCUUGGAUUUUGGACUGAUGGUUGAACAAAAGAAGCUAUUUGAAUACGUCCCUUUGGACUUUUGACCUUUAUAGACUAAACGAUUAAUCGAUUAGUUGUGCAAAUAAUUUAAAUGUGUGUCAUGACAACUGCUCUCGUGAUACUAUAUUUCAUAUGCGAUCCUCUUUGCCAUCCCUGUGCCACCUCAAGAGUAUAAAACAACCCUACACAUAAGCUCGGUACUUGGGCAACAAGAGGACAAUUAACUCUCCAGAACUUUUUGUUUUGUUUUGUUUUGUAUUUUGCAUUAAUAUAGUUGAUUCCAAAACAAGAAUCUUUUAUUUUGUUGUUUUCUUUGCUGCCUUUAACUAAAAGUAAGAGUGAAAUAGUGUUAAUGUUGGAUCAAAGAGGGCUGAAAAUAUCAAAUAUGAUUUAAAAAAAGAAAAAGUAGCAGCUGUUCUGGGACCACGGGACCAGGAGCCAGUUAAUCAUCAUCAUCAUCAUCAUCAUCAUCCAAACGUGACAUCUUGUUGCACCACAGUGUUGGACUGCAGCCCCGAUGUAACCUUAUUGCACAGGAUUGAGAUGCUGCCUGUUUUUAAGUUUUAAAACGACAUCUUUAUUGUAAAAUUUCUGUCUAAACUUGUACCCUGCUGUUUGUAUGUAUUCUUUUAACCAUACUUAUUAAUUGGUAUUCACAAUAAAACCAGGCCAAAUGUACAGAAUAAUA